AUGACCGACACAUCCCGGGACAUUAACUCUAGCAUUCUCUCCUCUGUCCAUACCCCAGACAAACGUACCAUGGUCGCCCCACGAAAUGCCGUGCAUGCGGAAGAAAGCGCGGAGGUGGAAGUUCUCUAUGCGGACCUCGACAAACUCAACGGCCUCACAAAAAGAAUUCAGGGAUCGUUAUUGCGUCUAGAGGCCAGCGGAAAUGUCGUCAAAGAUGCCAUUGGGCCUAUUUACAAUAAUACCCAGAGCUUACAGGUCACCAGUACCAACAUUGAUAAAAUAAAUGAGGCAAUUGAAAGACUUCGCCGACCCCUAGAUGUCAAGGGCAGGGAAGAAUCUAUCAUUCGUGCUGGUCCUGAGGAUGCCGGAUUAACCCAAUACCUUGGAGCCUUGAAUCGGAUCAAUAUUGCCCUUACAGACCUCCACGCUACGAAGCUUCGAUCAAAUCAAAAGGCCAUCUCUGACUUUACCGCCCUUUUGAGCACGGGCAGCCAGCAAAUUCAGAGUCUGUAUCGCUCAAUUCUCCAAGAAAAUGUUGGUACCUUGGAGCCACUCCAUUACCUUACUAAACAGCUUGCUUUUCCGUCAAUUCCCAGUGACAAGGCCGAAGAUUUAGCUCCCCUUUGUACAGCAAUCUCCAAUGCCUCAAAAAACGUUAAUCCCGGGUCGCAAAAUGAGAACCCCGCGAUAACAAUAUAUGCCGAAACCCGCGGUCCUUAUCUCACGUCCAGCCUACAAAAUCUUGCAACGGCAUCCAUUAGCACCGCAAAACGGCGGCCGACAGAUGGCCCUUAUAAACAGGGAACCAACGGUAUUGGCGUCUAUGCCACCGGUAUCGAGGGGAUGUUCGCUGCCGAAUAUGAGAGUGUAGUCAGUAUAUUUCCACCAGAUCAACAGGGAAAAGCAUUACAGUCCACAUGUCGGUCAGCCCUUGCAGAGUUUUCCAAAACUCUUCGGGAGCUGAACAUGUACAUCAAAUCCAACCUAAUGACCGAUUGCUUCCUUGCGUUUGAGAUCAUUGAAAUCGUUACCUCCUUGUCGUAUCGCCUAGACUCGAAAACAGGAGAGUUAAAGAAUUUAUUUUUCGAGGCCCUUCGGCCCAUUCGGGAGACUGCGAAAUCAUCGCUGUCUGAGCUGUUGGAAGAAACCCGCCGAAAGGCGUCCAGCAUCUCCGUACUUCCCAACGAUGGCGCUCCAGUGCCACUAGUUAACGAGGUCAUGAGCUCUUUAUCCACUUUAACGGCAUACUCAGCGCCUCUCGCUUCCAUUCUUACCUCUCUUGGCGACGGAAACUGGAAACCGUCAAGCUCGACUAACAACACCCCCCUCGAUGUCAACCCCGACAGCUCGACCAUCCUUUCCCACUUCAUCCUCGACAUGAUAGAUGCCCUGCUUUCAGCGCUUGAUCUUCGAGCAAGAAGCUUCCUUAGAACAAAGUCCACUGUUGGAGUCUUCCUUUCCAACUGCGUAUGCGUCGUUGAUCGGUCAAUCCGCAGCAGCAGCGAACUCUCUAAGUAUCUUUCAACCCCAGAAAAUGAAUCUCGUCUUGAGGUAUGGCGCAAAAAAGCUGUGUCGAUAUACAUCGACGCAUGGCGAGAACCAUCCUCCCAGCUCCUUGAUGUGCAGUAUACAAGUCGAGGUGCCCGACCGACUUCUGGUGGUCCCGUCGAUUCCACCGCCAUUGUCAAGUCGCUAUCGUCAAAAGAUAGAGACGUCAUCAAAGACAAGUUUAAGGCGUUUAACUCCUCCUUUGAAGACUUGAUCGCGCGUCAUCAAUCGUAUUAUAUAGAACGUCAAGUGCGGACUGCUCUGGCCAAAGAGGUUCAGAGUUUGAUUGAGCCUCUUUAUGCAAGGUUCUGGGACCGAUAUCACGAGAUCGAUAAGGGCAGAGGAAAAUAUGUCAAAUAUGAUAAGGGAGGAUUGGCUGCUCAAUUGGCGGCACUGAGUUAAGGUGUUGCGGAUAUUGACUUGGUUGAUAUGCCGACUCGUAGUAAGUUAUAUACCCUUGCUGUGCCCGUUUCUACAUUCGAUAUUGAAACCCAUUUUUGUCAACAUGGUUCAAUUUGAAAAGAUGAAAUUUGUAGCUUCAUCUUAUGAUUCUUGUUCACAUAUGCAUGCUACGGACUUUGGCUGUCCGCAAGAUACAUCUUGCAUUCAACUUGUUUCCAUUGAACAUAAGUUUCUGUUUCGUUUUGUCUUUCGGCUCCAUAAACACCAAGGGGCCCUGUGAGAACCAACUACAUGUUUGCUCUAGCUAUGACUUGACUUGCUGUGACAUUUGAUAAUCACAAUCCAGUUGGUUGAUCAAUUCUGAUUGUCUGCAUACAAAGCCAUCGCCCAAAGGUCGCUCCAUUAAACUCCUAACGCUACCUUCUUCGGCUUGCUUGAAUUUGUCACUCCACCAGCUCUUUUGAUCCUCGUAAUUAUUGAGGAAAGUACACGAGCAAAAAAGAUCACAGAUACCUUGAAACCUUUCAGUUUCUAGGUUUUAACGCAGGAUGAAAUUUCUCACCACGAUGUUACAUUUGAGGACGCCACAAUUUGAAACAACAUGGACAACGCGAACCGCAUCGUCACCAAUAUGUUGCCAUGUCUCUUUGGGCGUACAUUGAGAGACCUUGGCAUGGAUAAAUCCCUCAAUAAGCAUUCCAGGGCAGCUAAAACAACCACAAAACUCCGCUGACAGUUCUUUCGGUGAGCAAAAACAAAAGCUGUUUGCUCCUUCGGCAUCGGCAAUGAAGCGUAUAGCCGCACCUUAGACAAUAGCGGCAACAUGAUAUGGUUCCUGCCCCGCCCGAUAUUCCAUGUUCGACCGAAAUCGAACGUAAACUUCUCGUUGGACAUUGUUUCAUUCAGGGUCAAGAUCCUCAGGGAUAAAAACCUCACCGCCCUCCCCAGCUAUGGAAUUCAGCCACUUGUUUUCUCCGCCUAAGGGGGAUCGUUCAUACCCUUCCUCGACAUUCGACUCCCAAGGAGGUAUGGAAUGAGUUACCCGAAGAUCUGGGUGAAUGGACGAUCGUAAAGUCUCGAAACCAUUGGUUUCGUGCCAAAUUCGGAAGCCAAUCACUGCGGACACGGCUAUGGCCUCAAAGAUCCGGAUGAUUUCGGCUUUAACAACAUGCGGGCCUGUAAACCAGGUGCAUUCUCGAGGCCCGGCGUUGGUGGUUUUCCAACAGUAUAGCAUCUAUAUCUUAUCAAUUGUCUUUGAAUAUUAACAGAUAACACCCUAAUAUCAGAUACUCAGAAUAGGAUUAUCGCUGUCCAUGGCGGUUGGUGCUUGAUUAGUGGAAGCUGUGGUCAUGGUCAAUGUAAAAUGCAAGAUUCAAGCUAUCAAGUACUUUAUUAAGCCGUUUGUUCCCUGUGCGCAAGCAAUUGAUAGCUUACCAGCCAAGACUGAAAUGUUCACUUGAGUGAUGGCCUUUCUUUCACUACUACUAGGAACUGGGAUUUUGGGGAAAGCAGAAGUGUUGGUGUAUUGAGAGCCUGUAUGUCAGUUAUGGUUGCCCCAGGCAUUCAUCCAAGUCAAGCAAAGGACAAGGUUGUUUUCCUGGCCAUUCAACAGAGAGGCCCCACGAGUGAAGGAACAGUAAGGUAAGGACACAUAUAACAGAUAUAAAAAAGAACCUUCGAACGGCGGCGACCAAAUCAGCGUGAUGGACGGGUGGGCGGUGACGCAGAGGCAGUGGUUAGGGAUAUGAAACCGGAAC